AUGGAGGCCUACAAGACCCAACCGCCAGUUCGAAAGCUAAAAGACUCGUGUGAUGUCUGCUCUGCGUCCAAGCUGCGAUGUGACAAGCAGAAACCGACCUGUGCACGGUGCGCAAACCUCAACCGCCCCUGCACAUACAGUCCAGCUCGUCGUGGUGGUCGACCGCAUCGUGUCCGGAGGGAUAGAAGCAAGAGUCAGAGUCAGAGCCAAAGCUCCCGGCAAUUUUUUGGGAUGCCCGAUGCAAAUACAAGCAGCAGCCCCUUCGCAGAGCCCACCAGAGUCCCCAGCCAGACCGACAGGGGGAUGAGCUGCAGCAAUGACUGGUUUCUACGCACACAGUCGAGAGUCCAUGAUCAUAUCCAGGAUAGCCAGCCAUCGGCACAAUCUGCCAAAGUGUCGCCGUCCCCGUGUAAGAAUCCAAUGAACACAAGGCUUGCGGCGGAGACCGCCGAGACCGACAUGGACUGCACCAGGGUUGCUCUGUCGAUUGUCGAGCAGUUGGAGAGGAGCCAGGAGCAACGGCCUAGGUCCACCGCUCCUACCUACACGCAUGGCGGCUUGACAGCGACCGAGGCGUGCCAGCGGCUGUUGACCAUCCUCAUGUGCCCCUGUUCCGAUCAGGCUGAGGUGGCGCUCCUGGUAGCAUCCGGAUGCAUUUCGCUGAUGGACGUGAUUCAUAGCUCUGCCGGUUUUGCCAGUGAAUCGCUAGGCCACGAUGGGUCGGUGUCGUCUUGCAACAGCCCGCCCAUUUCCUCUGAACAAGAUCCCCUCAUACGGUCAUGGUCACAACCGCAGUCAAUUUCGCGCAGCUGCAGCUUGGCCAGCGACAGCCGAAGUCAGGUCGGCGAUCUCUCCAAGAUUGCCAAGGUUAUUGUGCAGUUUACAGAGAGGUACUGCCAGGACGCGAAGGUUGCAGCGGAGCCUAGGGCUCACUGGGUAACCAGAUAUGAGUCCCUGUCUAGAUGA